AUGCGCUACACAACUUUGAGUGCCAACGAGUCCGACAGUGUUCGAUGGUACUGGCGGACCACAGCUAUAUGUGCUUCGUGCUUGAUACUGGGAGGAUUCCUCGUGGUACCUUCGAUAUUUGACUCACAACCGCAAUUGCGAAUAUCCAAAACGAUCUUGAGUGGUUUCGGCAUCAGCCUUCUGGCUCUUGGAUUCUCUCUCGCAGCACUCACAUGCUUCUGCAGUCGCAGCUGGGCCUUUUGUGCUGAGCAUGUCUUUAUACCCUGCAUAUUUGCUUGUCUUAUCGGCUUCUUGAACGUACCGUAUUGCUUCGUCAUCAGCACUCGUUUUCAAUGGAAUGUAACAGCCAUGGUCACAACGAUCGGAGCAGCCACGGCAGCAUUUAUCUUUACGGUUCUCUACUUCUUCGCUCGCCGCCGGCUCACACAGUCACGACCCAAGCGAAACACAAAUUCCGAUAACAUCAAUCUAUUGAGACGACCUAGCAAUGCCAGUGCCUCAGGAUCAUAUCAUACGCAGAGCUACUUCGCCAAUCACUUCGCAAACAUGUACCCAGCUGCACGCACGCCGCCGGCUAUGGUUGCUGUAACUCCUCCAGAUGAAUUACCUGCAGAUGACCAUGGAUUGAAUGAUCACGAAAUGCAAAGACGACGGAUGUCAGAUUUGCUGCACAAGCCUGAGCCUCAGAUCUCUCCAGCCACGAGUCCUUUCAAUCGCAUAGACUUCGAGAUAGACGAGACAGAGACGCCGAUCAAUGGUUACUAUGCUCCCGCCGGCGCUCAUGGCCCCAUGGUGCGCUCACUAGGUGACCCAUCCUGGCACGCGCGCAAUGCAAGCUGGGUUACGAGUGAUUCACGACGCAAUUCUUCUCGCGAAGAUCGACGUCGUGAGAUCGAGAUGGGGAGAUGA